AAAUCCUUUAUUUCCUCCAGAAAUUUCUCCGCCCGAGCGAUUCGCGACGAAUCGCCAUGGCUUCUCGUGCCGCGCUUGCUCGCUCUGCUUUCCGGGCUCCGAUUUCUUCAUCUCCUUCCGUCUCCUUCUCCCCGUUGCGAAGAACCACGAUCUCUCCUUUCCCUUCGAAUCGAGAAAUCAAAUCUGGAGAUUUUCGCCCCCUAUUUACCGAGAGUGAAGAAUACAUUUACAGAACUUGGUUGUUCCAUUUAGUUUUCAGAUUUCGGGUUCAUUCCGAGGCCAAGUUGGAAUCCACUACUCAAGUAAAGGAGGAUCAGAGUGAUGGAACAUCAAACGCAUGGAAGAUCAAAAUGCUUUACGAUGGAGAUUGUCCUCUUUGUAUGCGCGAGGUAAACUUUCUAAGAGAAAGGAACAAGUCAUAUGGUGCUAUCAAAUUUGUUGACAUAAGCUCCAAAGAUUACUCCCCUCAGGAGAACCAGGGUCUCGAUUACAAAACUGUGAUGGGAAGAAUCCAUGCAAUUCAAUCUGAUGGCAUGGUGGUUACAGAUGUUGAAGCAUUUCGAAGAUUGUAUGAGGAGGUUGGCUUAGGAUGGGUUUAUGCCAUUACAAAAUAUAAGCCAAUGGCUACUAUAGCAAAUGCAAUCUACAGUGUUUGGGCAAAGUACCGUCUGGAAAUUACAGGGCGUCCUCCAUUGGAAGACAUUAUGGAAUUGAGGAGGAAAAAUGCAGGUGAAAUAUGCACUGAUGAUAAAGUAUGCAAGAUGUAGGCACCCUCCUCAAAUGGUGAAUCCUUCUGGCUCCCUGGUUAGAUACAUACACUUAAAUUAUUGGGUUCAAUUGGGGUCGUAUGAACAUAGUAAAAGAAUGUCACAAUUUAAUUAUAAAUAUUGUAAUAACUAUAUAUAGGAUUCUUAAUCAUUUAAAAUUUUGAAUUA